GAAGACGUGGGCAUCAUGAAGGACAUGGGCCUCGAUGCUUACAGAUUUUCAAUAUCGUGGUCCAGAAUCUUACCAAGAGGAAAGCUAAGUGGAGGAGUGAACAGAGAAGGAAUCCAAUACUACAACCUCCUCAUCAACGAGCUUCUAUCUAACGGUAUUAGGCCGUUCGUAACAUUAUUCCACUGGGAUCUCCCUCAGGCUCUCGAAGACGAGUACGGAGGGUUCCUGAGUCCUCUCAUCGUAGAUGACUUCCAGGACUACGCCGAGGUAUGCUUCCAGGAGUUCGGGGACCGGGUGAAGCACUGGAUAACUCUGAAUGAGCCUUGGAGCUACACAAUGGGAGGCUACGGGAUCGGGCUCUUUGCGCCAGGAAGGUGCUCCCCCUGGCAGCAGCUGAACUGCACCGAUGGGGAUUCCGCCACCGAGCCCUACCGCGUGUCCCAUCACCAGCUCCUUGCUCACGCAGCAGCCGUAAGGCUAUACCAGCAGAAGUAUCAGGCAUCACGAAAGGGGGUGAUAGGGAUAACUCUGGUGUCACAAUGGAUGGUGCCAUUCUCAGGUGCCAAGCACCAUCAAAAUGCUGCAACCAGAGCCCUUGAUUUCAUGCUGGGAUGGUUUCUGGAUCCAUUGACGAGUGGUCAAUAUCCGCGUACCAUGAGCUCUCUCGUCGGAGCUCGGCUUCCCAAGUUCUCACAGGAGCAGUCGUCUUUAGUAAAGGGAUCGUUCGAUUUCAUCGGAUUGAACUAUUACACAGCCAACUACGCGGCCUACAUCCCUCACUUCAACACUUCGAACGCAAGCUGCUUAACCGAUAGUCGUGUCAACCUCACCACCAAUCGUGAUGGCAUUCCAAUCGGUCCAAAGGCAGCUUCAGAUUGGCUAUAUGUUUAUCCUAGAGGAAUACGAGAUCUCUUGCUCCAUGUAAAAUCAAAAUAUCAAAACCCACAAAUUUAUAUCACAGAAAACGGAAUUGACGAGCUUAAUAACUCCACAUUGCCACUUGAGCAACAGUUAGCGGACAACAUGAGGAUAGAUUUCUAUUAUCGUCACCUUUCGUUCCUCCGAAGAGCAAUCAUGGAUGGUGUGAACGUGAAGGGAUACUUCGCUUGGUCCUUAUUAGACAACUUCGAAUGGAGCUCCGGUUAUACUGUUCGGUUCGGUAUCAACUACAUAGAUUAUAAGGAUGGACUAAAGAGACAUCCCAAGCUAUCCUCGACCUGGUUCAAGAGCUUUCUUAGAAAGUCUUGAAAUAUCCCGGGGCCAUAUAUUGUUCAUGUAACUUAUUUGUAAGGCGCAGUUGAUUUGCCAUGCAAUUGAUAAUCGGAAACUACUUGCAAUACGUUUAGAUUCAUUGAGAGAAUGUUGAUGGGCAGCAAAUAUAAAAAAGAAAAAGGAAAAAAAGAAAUGGAAUUUGUGUGUUAGUUAUAAUCGAGAAUAAGGUU